AUUGCUCCUGCUGCCUCAUGUACAUUAAACCCAACCAUCUUGGGGUGGACUCCCUGCCAGCCCAGCUCUUACGUUUUCGGUUCUUCUAGUGUGAAUCAGUUAACAUUCUUGGGGACGAGGGAAAGGUUGAUCCGGGGAGGAAAUCAGCCACGGGGAAAAGGCUUGCUCUUGCUUUUGUUUUCACCUCCUUUUGCUGAACAAAUUUGAUUUCCGGAGUCAGUCAUUUUACUGUCAAGAAAUUUCUUCGGCAUUCUGCAACAGUUUCCAAGGUGGCUAGAUCCAUCAGAAGCUGAAGCCGCAGAGAACGCUCUCAGGACCCUUUGCCACUUCUUGAAGCUGAAGCCGACAGACAGCUGUUUGGAAAUGUUUCCUUCACACACCAGUUGAAGACUCGGCUUUGGAGGUUUUCAAAGCAGACGGCGCGUCUCCCUUGGACCGGCAGGGAGAAGUAACAUUCUGCAGAUCACUGUCAGAGGUCCAGAGGACGCAGACCUGCCUGGCUUGCAUUCCCCUUGCUGAAUGGCGUGUGCUGCCGCCGCCCACUGAGAACUCCUUUGGGAUUCUGACUUGUGAGUAGGACGCGAGGCUGGGAAGAUGCUGAGUUCCAUCAAGUGCGUGUUGGUGGGCGACUCUGCUGUGGGGAAAACCUCUCUGUUGGUGCGCUUCACCUCCGAGACCUUCCCAGAGGCCUACAAACCCACAGUGUAUGAGAACACGGGGGUGGACGUCUUCAUGGAUGGCAUCCAGAUCAGCCUGGGCCUCUGGGACACAGCGGGUAAUGACGCCUUCAGAAGCAUCCGGCCCCUGUCCUACCAGCAGGCGGACGUGGUGCUGAUGUGCUACUCUGUGGCCAACCAUAACUCGUUCCUGAACUUGAAGAACAAGUGGAUUGGUGAAAUCAGGAGCAACUUGCCCUGUACUCCGGUGCUGGUGGUGGCCACCCAGACUGACCAGCGGGAGAUGGGGCCCCACAGGGCCUCCUGCGUCAAUGCCAUAGACGGGAAGAGACUGGCCCAGGACGUCAGAGCCAAGGGCUACCUGGAGUGCUCAGCUCUUAGCAACCGGGGGGUGCAGCAGGUGUUUGAGUGUGCUGUCCGAACUGCCGUCAACCAGGCCAGAAGGCGAAACAGAAGGAGACUCUUCUCCAUCAAUGAGUGCAAGAUCUUCUAAACGCCAAGAGACUUCACACAACACUUACGUAUGCGCCCCAGAGACUAAUGGGGAGCAGGGGAAGCCAGGAAAACUUGGUGUUUUCUCUGGGUACACCCCAAGCAGCAUCUCCUUUUGGAUACAGUUAUUGACAAGGCUUGGCCACUGGAUGUUUUCACUAACUACUCUCUACAAGUGAACUCCUUGCCUGGGCCAGUUUGAAAAUCCCUUGGGAAGCUGCAAUGAAUAUUCAAUCUUUGAUUAAAAAAGUGACAUAGUCUCCACAAUUUUGGACAACGAAGUGAGUUUUUCAAAGAAUUCCAUAUUUAAAGACACAUUUUAUUUAAUAACACAAUGUAUUGCUUUUGUAUAUAAUUAGUUUUCACACUUGGAAAAUCUUUUCCUAUAUCCUUGAAAACAUAAACUGCUCUGUGAGUGAAAUAACCGUACGAAGCUCUUCAUGUGUUUGUAGUGUUAUUAUUUUCACCUCAAGUAGAAAGUCUGUUGAAACCACUUGGCUGCUGGAUUUAAAUGGGUAAUCAAAUUUAAAAACGACCAUAAAUGAAUCUUUGCAAUUUAUCUUCUACCUACCUGUUAUUCAGAGUUGAAUAUAAAGUACAGUUCCAUAAAAUAUCCUAA